AGAAACAUCUUUCAAUUUUUAUGGUGUUUGGCCUAGUUUCAGCUUUUGGGUCAUAGAAACUCCCCUAGAAGCUUGGCCAAACACUAGCUUUUAUUGAGCCCGGGACUAACUUUUAUUGAACCAAUUUCGAAUCGUUCACGAAGAGUUUUUGUUCGGGUUACCCCCAGUAUCAUCGCUACUCUCUACAUCAGUUCUUCACCAAGCUCCAAUUUCAUGUAGUGCCUAUUAUACCUAGAUUGACAAUGCUCACCAGAACUCUACAAUGUCGACAAUUCUCCACCUACCAAAUCACCCGAAAACUCUCUACAGCCUCCGAAACUCGCAACAAUGGCAGAAAUCAAGAAGAAGAAGAACAACGAGUAGAAUCAACAAUUGUGAGAGAGUUAACCUCCAUUCUCAAAAAUAAGCCCCAAAAUUCAUGGAAAUACGCCAUUUCCAACCUAAAUAUCAAGCUUCAACCUUGCCAUAUUGAUAAACUGUUGCUUCAAACCCUAGAUGAUAAUAAUCCCAGGUUAGCUCUUCGUUUCUUCAAUUUCUUAGGUCUUCAUUACAAUUUCUCUCAUUCCUUGUUGUCAUUCUCUAUCCUUGUUCAUGCCCUUGUUAAAUCCAAUCUUUUCUGGCCUGCAUCCUCUCUUGUGCAAACACUAAUUCAUCACCACCAUGUUAAUUAUCCUCCAUCUAGUGUUUUUCGUGAAUUUCUUGCGGCUUUUAAGGGUCACGGGUUUUCAUCGUUGCUGGGUUUUGAUUUGUUGAUCCAGGUUUACGGGCAAUGUAGGAGACAAAUGGAUGGAGUUGUUGUUCUUAGGCUGAUGCUUGAGAAUGGGAUUGUUCCGGAGGUUAGGACUCUCAGUGCUUUAUUUCAUGGGUUAAUUGGAAUUAGGAGGUUUCGUUUAGUUGUUGAAUUGUUCGACCAGAUUUUUGAUGGUUUUUGUGUCAUUCGUCCUGAUGCUUAUGUGUAUACGUCUGUGAUUCGCAGUCUGUGUGAGUGCAAAGAGGUAGAUAGGGCACUGGAGGUUGUUCACUCGAUGGAAGUGAGUGGUUGUGAGUUGAGUGUUGUAACUUAUAAUGUGCUGAUACGCGGGUUAUGUAAGAGUCAGAGGGCUAAGGAAGGUGUUGAUAUAAAGAGUUCUUUGGAUCUUAAGGGGUUGAGUGCCGAUGUUAUCACUUAUUGCACGUUGGUGCUUGGGUUAUGCCAAUCUGAAGAGUAUUUGAGGGCGGUGGAGAUGACGAGAGAAAUGGUUCAACAGGGGUUUAUUCCGAGUGAGAGUGUGGUUUCUACUCUUGUUGAAGGGCUUCGAAAGAAAGGGAAGGUUGUGGAUGCUUUUAAUUUGGUUAAUAAAUUGGCAGGGCUUAAAGUUGUGCCUAACAUAGUUGUUUACACGGCUCUAAUCAAUUCUCUUUGGAAAGAUGGGAAACUAGAACAAGCAGAGUCAUUGUUUAAGUGCAUGGAACAGAGGGGAUUGCUCCCAAAUGAAGUUACUUAUUUGGUCAUGAUUGACUCCUUCUGCAAGCAAGCAAGGCUAGAUGAUGCGCUUGCCUUACUUGCUACAAUGUCAGGGGCGAGAGUAAAAAUCACAGACUAUGCUUACAAUUCCUUGAUUCAUGGGCAUUGUAAGUUUGGGAAAUUGAACACUGCUGAGUUUCUUUUCAAAGAAAUGAUCAGUAAGGAACUAACUCCAACUGUGGUAACUUAUACAUCCUUGAUUAGUGGAUACUGCAGUGGUGGAGAACUUAACAAGGCAUUUAGGCUCUAUCAUGAGAUGACAGGGAAGGGUAUUGCACCAAGUACUUACACAUAUACUGCAUUAAUUCAUGGUUUUUGUCGAGCAAAGAGGAUGGAUGAUGCAACUAACUUAUUUAAGGAAAUGGUUGAGAGAGGUGUUUACCCUAAUGAGGUAACCUAUAAUGUCCUGAUUGAUGGUUACUGUAAGGAAGGUGAUAUAUCUAAAGGUUUUCAAUUGCUGGACGAAAUGUUAGUAAAGGAUCUUGUUCCAGACACAUACACCUACAGGUCCUUGAUAUCUGGGCUCUGUUCUGCUGGUAGGGUGUUUGACGCCAAAAAGCUGGUGGACGAUCUUCAUAAGGAACAUUUUGAAUUAAAUGAAAUAUGUUUCAGUGCCCUUUUACAAGGAUAUUGUAAGGAGGGAAGAGUACAGGAUGCAUUGUGCGUUUAUGGUGAGAUGUUGGAGAGACAAAUAAAGAUGGAUCUUGUGUGUUAUGCAAUACUUAUUGAUGCUACACUGAAACAGAAUGAUAGGGAAAGACUAUUGCUGAUCUUAAAGGAGAUGAAUAAUAAGGGAGUGAAGCCUGAUAAUGUGAUUUAUACAACCAUGGUUAAUGCCUACACCAAGGCAGGAAAUCUUAAGAAGGCAUUUCAACUUUGGGAUAUAAUGAGCAGUGAAGGAUGUGAGCCCAACGUUGUUACUUACACGGCCCUUAUCAAUGGUUUGUGUAGAUUGGGAUAUGUAGGAAAAGCACAUCUCAUUUACAACAAAAUGCUGACUAAUGACACAAACCCAAAUCAGAUUACUUAUGGAUGCUUCCUUAGCUACUACACCAGCAUUGGAAGUAUAGAUUGUGCUGUACAGCUUCAUAAAUCGAUGCUUAUAGGAUCUUUGGCCAACACGGUCACAUUUAAUAUUUUAAUACAUGGGUUUUGCAAACUUGGUAGGAUUCAGGAGGCAUUUGAUCUUAUUGGAGAGAUGAGAGAAAAUGGUAUCAAACCUGAUUGUGUGAGCUAUUCCACUAUAAUGAAUGAGUACUGUAGAGGUGGUAAUAUGCAGGAAGCUUUCAGGAUAUGGGAUUCCAUGCUGAGUGAGAGCAUAUGUCCUGACGCAGUGGCCUAUAACUUCUUGAUCUCUGGUUGUAAUUUAUCUGGAGACGUUAAGAAGGCUGCUAUUCUGAGGGAUGACAUGAUAAGAAGGGGUGUCAAAACCGAUACAAAAUCUGAUAAUUUUUUCCUUGGUACUUAAAGGUAACUAUGCGAACAGCCAAUUUGGUUCUGCUGGACAGCUCUUCUGCUACCUGGGUGUCCACCCCUCUAUCUGAGGUGCUGUCUGGGAGGUUUUUCUGGGCUCUUACGCUCCAAAUAGUAUGUUUGAUGACCAAAGUCUAAUCAGGCAACUCCACAGAGAGCAGCAUGAUGAAUGGAAAGCAGAUGGCCAGAAGAUGAUACCUGUUACUGGUAAUGGAAAGUUUCUUACAGCAAUUGCCAAGGCUUCCAUAAGCCCAUAACUGAUGAGGACAGCCAAUAGAGGAUGCCCAGCCGCACAGGGUGGUCAACAAGGGGAAAAUGAUUGCUUUUCAGAAGAAAGAGAUACAAUGGAAGCAGGUUUUGCGUCAAAUUGGUAUGCAAUUGGUACAAAGCUGCAACGGUGACUGUGACUCCUAAGCUUCAACUUAUUAUUGCAUUGUCAGAAUGUUGUGAGCCUGCAUGACUACUGCUGGCUGCAAGGCUGGAUAACUUUGGUGAAAUGCUCUUGUGGCUAGUGCUUCGGUCCAAACCACAACAUUUCAAGUUUUUUUCGACUAAUGGUUGGUAAGGCAUGUCACGCGGUCCACAAUUCGUGUGUCGUACUACCAGUAAGUCAGUAACACAUACUCUGUAUAAAAAAAUCAGGCUGAAUAUAGGGGUGACGGUUUAGGACGUCAGUAAAGCCUAUUCAUUCACUGUUGUUUUAUUUUUUUACCAGAAGUAAUUUCAAAUUCAGAGUACGCAAGUCAACUUAUCAAGAUAGGCAAGUUGAUAUGAAAUCUUGCCAGUUAUCAGACAAGUGGACAUGUAUAAGGCAUAAGCACAACAAACUGGAAAUAAUUAGUGGCUUGUCCACUAAUUAACCUGGUGGGAUUACAUUACAUUUCAUUUCUCAUACUCCAUUCUUUUAUCAACUUGAGCGUGCAAAGCGUGAGCAGUAGAAGCUCAUCCGCUUUUUUUUUUAUUUUUUAUAAUCAAGUAUCAUUAACUAUGAUUAUCAAACUUCCAUUUUAAAGGAUAGUGGAAUUAAAAGAAAAGGACUUUGAAUCCCA